AUGAUUUGCAGAGCCACGAGAAGCUCCUCUGCAUUUGGCAAGUGGAAGUACUUUCUCAGCCUAAUCAACCAGGCCGCCAAUCUCUCCCAACUCAACCAAACCCACGCCCAAAUCAUCCUCAACGGCCACCACAACGACCUCGCAACGGUUACCAAGCUCACGCACAAGCUUUCCGAGCUCAACAGCAUCGACCAAGCCAGCCUCCUCUGCUCCACUUUCCCCAACCCCGAUCUCUUCCUCUACAAUGUCCUCAUCAGAGGCUUCUCCCUCAAUAACUCGCCUCGCAGUGCUCUUUCUCUGUAUCUCCGCCUCCGUAGAGACACUACCCUUAAGCCUGAUAGCUUUACCUACUCUUUCUUGGCGUCUGCGGCGUCGUGUUUGUCGGAGAGAGUCGGCGUUUUGGUUCAUGCUCAUUCGGUGGUUGAUGGGUUUGGUUCGAAUUUGUUUGUCGGGUCUGCUCUGGUCGAUAUGUACUUUGGGUUCUCGUGGGUGGGGUAUGCGUAUAAGGUGUUUGAUGAAAUGCGUGAACCGGACACAGUUCUGUGGAAUACAGUGAUUUCCGGGCUGGUGAAGAAUUGUUUCUUUAAUGAGUGCUUGAGGGUGUUCCAGGAUAUGGUUGUUGGGGGAUCGCAGUUUGACUCAACGACGUUGACUGCAGUUCUUCCUGCUGCAGCAGAACUUCAGGAGUUGAGAGUGGGGAUGAUGAUUCAAUGUUUGGCAGUGAAGUUUGGGUUUCAUUGUCAUAAAUAUAUUCUCACGGGUUUAAUUUCACUGUACUCCAAGUGCGAGGAAAUUUUGAGAGCACAGUCAUUGUUUGACCAGAUUGAGAGCCCUGACUUGAUAUCUUAUAAUGCAAUGAUAUCUGGUUUUUCUUGUAACAAUGAGAUUGAAUCCUCAGUCCGGUUAUUUAAAGAAUUGCUUGUUUUAGGGGAUAGAGUGAAUUCAAGCACCGUUGUAGGUCUGAUUCCUGUGUCUUAUCCCUUUGGCCGUCUGGAUCUUACUCGUUCAAUUCAUGGUUUCUGUAUGAAGUCCGGUAUGGUUUCAAAUCCUUCGAUAUCAACUGCUUUAACUACUGUUUAUAUUAGAUUGUGUGAGAUUGAAUCUGCAAGGCAGCUUUUUGAUGAAACCCCUGAGAAAAGCUUGGCUACUUGGAAUGCCAUGAUUUCAGGAUAUGCCCAAAAUGGGCAUACAGAAAUGGCAAUAUCACUUUUCCAGGAAAUGCAGGUGUCUCAAAUACGCCCGAAUCCUGUCACAAUUACCAGUAUCCUAUCAGCAUGCGCCCAACUUGGAGCUCUAAGUCUAGGGAAGUGGGUCCAGGAUAUAAUAAACAAGGAGAGCUUCGAGUCCAAUAUUUAUGUGUCGACUGCUUUAAUUGACAUGUAUGCGAAGUGUGGAAGAAUUGCAGAAGCACGGCAGUUAUUUGAUGCCAUGGAGGAGAAGAAUGUGGUCACAUGGAAUGCUAUGAUUUUUGGUUAUGGCCUGCAUGGGCAUGGUCAUGAAGCACUAAACCUCUUUAACAAAAUGUUGGAUUUAAGGAUUUCCCCAACUGUAGUUACCUUCCUUUCUGUCUUGUAUGCUUGCAGUCAUGCUGGCUUGGUAAGUGAAGGAGAUGAGAUUUUCCAUUCUAUGAUGCACGAUCAUGGCCUUCAGCCCUUGGCUGAGCAUUAUGCCUGUGUGGUUGACCUUCUUGGUCGGGCUGGAAAAUUGGAGAAGGCCUUGGAAUUUAUUAAAAGAAUGCCUGGUCAGCCGGGUCCUGCUGUAUGGGGUGCAUUACUUGGUGCUUGCAUGAUUCACAAGAACACAAACCUUGCACAGUUGGCUUCUGACAAGUUGUUUGAAUUAGACCCAGAGAAUGUAGGGUAUUAUGUCCUCCUUUCCAACAUAUACUCAGCUGGCCAAAACUAUCCUCAGGCUGCUUCAGUAAGGCAGGUAGUUAAGAAGAGAAAUUUGGCAAAGACUCCUGGAUGUACUUUGAUAGAGAUUAAUGAUACCCCUCAUAUCUUUACAGCCAAUGACCGGUCUCACCCACAAGCAGUGGCAAUCUACUCAAAACUGGAGAAGUUGAUGGGAGAGAUGAGGGAGGCUGGAUUUCAGACAGAGACUAUUACAGCAUUGCAUGAUGUGGAAGAGGAAGAGAAGGAAAUAAUGAUGAAAAUUCAUAGUGAAAAAUUGGCAAUUGCUUUUGGGCUAAUAGUUUCUGACCCAGGAACGGAGAUCAGAAUCAUCAAGAAUCUUCGAGUUUGUUUAGACUGCCAUAAUUUUACUAAAUUUGUGUCCAAAGCCACAAGGAGAGAUAUUGUUGUAAGGGAUGCUAACAGGUUCCAUCAUUUCAAACAUGGUGCGUGCUCUUGUGGAGAUUACUGGUGAAAAUUUUCUAUUUUCCUGACCAGUAAAGGUGUAUGCGGUGGGUCUGGGUUUUACAUAUUCAAAUCAUUUUUUUCAAGAUCUGCAAGCGGACUUGGUUUUGUAUCUGACCAGGCUAUGACCGAAUCAUGCCAGCAGAGGAGGCAUUGAACUGUUCACUCCUUGAAUUCGGAUUUAGGUGAUCUCUGCCUGUCCUUGCUACUUGAAGUGUAUGCAAAUUCAUAUUUGGCUUCUAUACUUCCAGCAUAUUGAAAGCUGCUGUAAGGCAAAUUCCCGGCCUGCAGAUUACGGGUUUCCUGCAUUUUAUACAGAUUGACCCCAAGUUUAAGAUUCCUGUAACCAGGAGGGAUGUACCCAUUCAAACAUGUAAUGGAUUUUGCAUCAACUGUGUUAUCCUUGGCUCUCAACCAGAAUAAAACGGUGUUGUUUCCUGAGGUCGACAAAUACUUAAUGGAAUCCAAUUAGAAUUUGACUUCAACCCAAAUCUCAAAUUGACCCCGACCACCUAUGGUUUAUGUUUUUUCAACGAGUAACCCUUGGAACUUGUCCCUUGUGAGACACAUUCUUUUUCUUGCAUCGAGAUGAGAACCAGUAUGCUGGAGGUGUCUCCUAUACUUUCUGCCGUUCUGCUCCAUUAUUUGGUUGAAGCAAUGCCUAAGUACAUAUGUUGACACUACAUUGCAGUUUGAGGUGGCUGACAGCAGAAAAACAGGCCCCUUUGUUUUUAACACAAAUGGGUCAAUACGGACCCAGAGCAAGGAGAAGAUAGAAGCCAAAAGCACUGACCAUAUAACAACGAUGGUGGGAGUCCUGUUUUGCCUGCCCAUGAGACCUUUCAUGAAUGGGUAAAGAUGGACAAUG